GUGCAGUUUAAAGGUGAUGUGCUUGCAGUGUGGUUUUCAGGAUCUACUCCGUAGAGCACCAUCAUGCGAUACUGGGGUAAGGUGGAGUUCAGCUUUAAGGGGGAGUCUCCAGCCUUCCUCACCAAUCUUUAGGAUCUGACUGGAGAAAUACCAAAGGAUCCUUCUCCUUUCCCUGCUCCUUCUCCAUCCUCUGAGCAGACCAAAGACAGGCAGAGCAGUUGCAAGGUGCUGCGGGGGAGAUGCGGCCCCGAGGAGCGGGCUCGGCCCGGGCUCCGCUGCGGGGCUGAUGGGCGCGCUCUGAGCUCGGAGCGGUCUGGAUGAACGCGGCGGCGGCGCCGAAGGUCGGCGGCGAGUUGGGAGCAACAUGAAUACCUCGGUUGUCGCCCCGCUGGGAAAUAUUUCCGGUCACCUGAAUUUUUCGGAGAUGAACUCGCAGAUCUUGCAGUUUGAUGACGAAGAUUGCCAUGUGCCUUUGGCCAUGGUCUUCACUUUAGCCUUGGCUUAUGGGACUGUGAUAAUUCUGGGAGUCUCUGGGAAUCUGGCUUUGAUUGUCAUUAUUUUAAAACAAAAGGAGAUGCGCAAUGUUACCAACAUCCUCAUUGUCAACCUGUCGUUUUCUGAUCUCCUAGUGACCAUCAUGUGUCUUCCUUUUACCUUCGUGUACACUUUAAUGGACCACUGGAUUUUUGGGGAGGCCAUGUGCAAGUUGAACCCUUUUGUGCAAUGUGCCUCCAUCACUGUCUCGGUCUUUUCUUUAGUCCUCAUUGCUAUUGAGCGCCAUCAGCUGAUCAUCAAUCCCCGCGGCUGGAGGCCGAACAACAGACAUGCCUACAUGGGGAUUGCUGCCAUAUGGAUUUUAGCCACAGCUUCCUCCUUGCCUUUCCUGAUCUACCAUGUAUUAACAGACGAGCCCUUCAGAAAUGUAACAUUUGAUGAAUAUAAGGACAAAUAUGUGUGCUUGGAUCUGUUCCCCUGGGACACUGCCAGGCUUUCUUAUACAACAACGCUUUUAGUGAUUCAGUACUUUGGACCACUUUGUUUUAUAUUUAUUUGCUACCUGAAGAUAUACAUACGGUUAAAAAAAAGGAACAACAUGAUGGACAAGAUGAGAGACAGUAAGUACAGAUCCUCUGAAACCAAAAGGAUCAACAUCAUGCUGAUAUCAAUAGUGGUUGCAUUUGCAGUUUGCUGGCUGCCUCUCACCAUCUUCAAUAUCGUGUUUGAUUGGAAUCAUGAAAUUCUGCCUGUUGCUACCUGCAGCCACAACCUGUUGUUCCUGAUUUGCCACCUCACUGCCAUGAUCUCCACCUGUGUGAAUCCCAUCUUCUACGGGUUUCUCAAUAAGAACUUCCAAAGGGACCUGCAGUUUUUUUUUCAUUUUUGUCACUUCCACUCCCGUGAGGAGGAUUAUGAGACUAUAGCCAUGUCCACCAUGCACACAGAUGUUUCAAAAACCUCUUUAAGGCAGGCAAGCCCCAUCAUAUUUAAAAAAAUAAAUAGUGAUGAUGAUGAAAAAAUAUAAAGUAAUAAAAAUUCUACAUCAAGCUGCACAAAGUGUGAUUGCAGGUGAAGUGUGCCCAAGGACAAGCACAAUUACAUAACAAGUACAAAAAGGGUAAUGUUUUUCUUCCUUUUCCAAGGAACUUUGAUUGUUGUCACUUUGAAAUUGUGCUGUGCAUCUUUGCCCCUUUUACUGCUUUAGUUCACAGAAGUUAUAUCUGAAUUUUAUUUUAAGACAUAGUCAGACCUGCUACUACAUAUGGUUUUCAUCAGCUGUUUUUGUUCUGUUUUCUUUGUACAGUUCUGUGCUUCAGCACAAAGGUUUACUUAUUGAUUUUUUUCAAAGUAGUAGUUUUGAGGAGUGUCUAUUCAUAACCAUUAGAAACAAUAUGAACCAGAGGGGCACUGUCAUUACAGAGGAUAUCCACCAAAGAAUAAAACUAGGAAAUUCUGAUUUGAAGAGGAGGUGUUUUUUUUUUUUUUAAUUCAUCCUUUGAUCAACAUUAAAACCCUGUAAAAUCAGUGUAGGUUUGCAAAAAAAAAUAAAUUCUGUGAAACCUAUAGAAUAUGUUUAAAUGGGGACAUACAGUUGUCUCAUUCAAAGAGGCAAUUUGGGCUGUAAUCACUUUGUUUCAAAGACAGGAUUAAGAAAGAAAUUCUGUUCUCAUUUACAAGAAUAAAAGCCUACAGUAAUUCCACAGAGCACAAUGGGAUAACUGAUGCUUCAGCACAGCAAAUGAAAACAUAAAUGGGGCUUCAGUCCCAAAUGAUUACAGCUGGUUUUAAUAACGCAGGCUUUUUAAUUUAAAAAAUCCAAACCCCAUUUUUAUCUGGCAUCUGUGACAGGAGUUACUGUUACUGGGAUGAAAUGUACCAUCUGUUCCGAGCCUGUGAACCAUGUAAAUUCUCCUUGAGACCUAUGUCCAGAAUCUAGAGGGAGAUAGCACUGUUUGCUGUCUUGACAAGGUGCAAUUCCAUCCUCACAGGUGACAGAGAAAUUCAGGUCUGGCAUUAAAAAAGUAAGAUUGAGCUACCUGAGACUUUUCAUAGUAAUUAGUGUUGAUUUAUAUAAAUUAUAUAUAGCCUCAUAAUACUUUGUGCACCUUUGUGUUCAGGUGCAAUGGCAUAAACCUGGACAAUCUCCAAGGCAAAGGAUGAUUUAAUCAAGACCUGCAAAAUUUAAAAGAAGGGUAUGAAUAUAGGUUGGGUAUAAUUGGUAUGUUUAGCUUCCAAACUCACAGUUCCCACAGUUGGUUGAAGUGUGGAAACAUUUGCCAAAUAUACACAAUAGACCUCUGUUACUGCUUAAAAUAUAUAUUCUCUAAUUAAACAAAAUAUUCGUGGCUAGAUCCCAGUUGAGAGAAACCAUAUAACUUGAAUGCUGUAAAUGAAAUUACAACAGUAUCAGCCAGCUGAAGUUCUGUGUCAUACAGUGUACUUUGCUAUAUCAUCAAUGUCUUUUUGAAUAAUCAGCUUUUUAAAAUACAAUAUAGACCUGACUUUCUUUCAGCAAGGUCACUUUAAAUCAUUCUGGCACACACGAGGGUCUUUAAAAUGGAUAUAAAUGCAAAUGCAACAUAAAUGGAACUCUGAUGUGGUACAUUUCUAAGCAAAAAUAUCUCAGGAUGUUAUGGUGAAUUUCAUAUGUUCUAAAUUUGACAUAGAUAAAUACCUAAGAAAUUAAAAUUAUGUGGGUUGCUAAUAUUUAAAAGUGAAACACUGCCUUGUGCUGGCUUAUAAAUAGCGUAGAAUAUUAAAGUAGCAAUGUGUUCUUGUGCAUUAUAAUUCCAUGUAUUUCUCUAUUGGAAGAUAAUUUAAUUUAGAAGGAGUUUUCUGUGCUUGAGAACAGAGGCAGAAUGUAGAAAAUUAAUUAUAAGACAGAAGGUUCUUUCAGAGCUUUGGCCUUUUGUAUUUUAUGAGAUUUCAUUUUUCUUUGUGUUUCUCCAUGGAAUAUGUUGUUAAUAACUCGACAGGGGUUUCCUGAAAUUAUUUCUCUCUCACUUUGCAACAAUUUCCAUAUUUUAAAGUAUGUGUAUUUUCACAAUGAAAUACCAUGUACAAAAACAGCCAUGGGGUUCUUUUUUUAUUAAGAUUGUCACAGUAGGUUUUUCCCAUUACAAGAAGUCACUGUGAAUUUUAUGGCUUUUUCCCUUUUUUUUUUUUUUUUAAGCCCUUUCUUUCAAUAUAGUGCAAAAAAAAUAUUCACACAGUUGAGAAACUUUCCAGUUGGUUUGCUGGAAAUUUUUGACCAAUUAGGUGCUUCUACAGAGUAGGUGAAGAGGAACUUUAGAGGAGCCUGCUGGUGCUCAGGGACCUGAACCGGGUGUGUCCUAAGGUUUGGAAGUCUCCAGUGGGAUAGCAACGUAAGUCUCCAGUGGGAUAGCAACGUAAUUCUUCAUAUGCCAACAUUUGUCCUGCUUGAGGUACAACCUCAAAUCAUGCAGCUCACCUGACAGUGUGUCAUACCAUCUCCUGAGAAUGCAUGUCAGGUGUUUUUUGCCCACCAGCAUCUGAUAAACAGGGUGAACUGUAAAUGGGAAUAUGCUUAGCCCUCUUAAGCUCAGGAGCCAUGCACUGCUGUCCUAGGAUCAGGCUUCUUAUGUUUCCUCACUUCCCUGCCAGAAGUCUUUCUGAGCCUCUGCUUGGAUGCACGUUAGUGCUUUGUCACACAAAUAGCACAGGGCACACUGCCUGUAAUGGCUGUGGAAACGAACACAGCGUAAGGACUGUUCUGCAGGAAAAUGGGUUUGCAGAAUUUCAGAGGCAAAAUCAUGGCUCUUGUGAAGAAUUUGCUAUGAGAACAGAGAUAAAAGUAGUCUCUCUGAGGUGCUGACCUAACAUCUGUGGGUUGUAGCUCAGAUCUACCAAGAGCAGUAUUUUUGGUUUCAUGACUUGACGCUGGAGUUCUCCAAAGCUUUCCCCUCCCAACAGCCAGCUGCAGUACUGAUCCUCUUUUUCAUUUUCAGAGCUCCAGCAUGGCUGCUCCUCUAUAUGCUAAAUUUCUUUACAGGAUAAACUGACAGGUUUUGUGUUUCACGACAAUUUUUCAAUAAUUCUGAAUUGAUAUUUAUUUCUUCUAUGUGCUGUUUUGUCAAACAUCGCAGACUUCAGCACGUGUUGAUUCCUGUCUCAAAAGCCUGAAGAUCCCUUUUAUUCUUUCAGACUUGUAGAAAAGUUUUACUGACAGAAAAACAGAACAGUGAGUGAUCCAUAAUGUAUCUUAUUAUUUAUGUGUCAUACAUUUUGUGUCGAAUCUUCAGCCUUAAAUGACAAAUGUAACUAUUUAAUAAGCAUUAGUAUUUGCUUUAUUUGUCAGUUAUUUUAGCAUCUUAAACGUCACUUUGAUCGGCCCCAAACAUUUAACAUUUCUGCAUAAUCUAAAUAAACCAGCAUAUUUGUAUAUCAUAUUAAUAAAUGUCUGUGAUUCCAUUUUGCUUUUUUUUUUCAAAAAAUGGUUGUGUCAUUGUUACUAUGUACAGUAAUUCACGACUUUCACAUCAACAUUAUAAAAGGGUAAUAAGAAAGGAAGUGAUUAAUUGAUAAUAAAACUUGCCUUUGGUAGGCUAAGAGAGGACUGGAAAUUUAAAAAUAUAUAUCUACAUAUAUAUAUAUAAUCUACCCUGUCAUUACGACCACAUAAAGAGAAGCUUUGAACCAGGAAAAUAAAUCAACAUGACAGAACCCCUAAGGGA